UAUUACAAAGCGCAGUGUUAAAUUACCACCUCGUCGACAACAAUCGAGCAUCACGUUGUUAGCACUUAGAGAACUUGUUUCCACAGUUACAAUUUGUACUUUUGCCUGAAGUACAGUAAAGCUCACGGAUCUUAUUGUUCAUCAUGGAGAACAUACGUGCAAAUCGGGUUAAUGCGAUUCACAUCGAUAACGACAAGACUAUCACCACUAAUUUUGUGAAAGAUGCACCAAAGAUUACGAGAUACUCGUUGGCCGAUUUGGCUGACGGAUCCAGCAACAGUAUGGAUUAUCAUAUCGAGAUAAUUAAUAAGGAUGAUAAACUGAGAGUGCUGAAAUUCUUAAGAAGAUUCUUCUUCAGAGACGAGCCGCUGAAUCAGAACAUUCAAUUGAUUCCGGAAGGUGAAGAUAGUACUUGUGCGGAACUGGAGGAAUACUGUUGCAAUGCCUCAUUUGAAAAUAACAUGAGUCUAAUGGCAGUUUCCACGAGUGGUACAAUUGUUGGAGUUCUGCUCAAUGGCAAAAUGGAUAAUCUUGUAUCAAAUGAAGAACCAGAAUAUAUACGUUCGUGUAAAAAUGCGAAAUUUAAGAAGAUAUUGAGAUUACUGCAUUACUUGGAUAAAAGUGUAAACAUGGGUGGACGAUUUCGAGAUUCCAAAAUUCUGGAGAUCAGAAUAAUUUCGGUGGACACAAAUUGGAGAGGAAGAGGUGUCGGGACGACUCUGAUGGGAAAAACAGCGGAAAUGGCAAAGGAACAAGGAUAUCAUUAUCUCAGGGCAGACUGUACGUCCAUUUUUUCCGCUAAGAUGUGCGAACGACUUGGUUACGAUCAGAUAUAUAAAAUUAAUUAUAAGGACUACGUGGAUGAGGACGGAAAACCAAUCUUUUCACCUGUAUCACCACACAUAGCGGCUGUCUCAUAUGUAAAGAAAUUAUAAAAAUAAAGUUGAAAGAUGGAAUUGAAGAGAGAAG